CUCAUCAUGUCCAAAAAAUCCCUUCCUUCCCCGCCGAUGGACAACCCGCCACCCGUUAAAAAAGGCUGGCGGUUCUGGGCCAUAUUUGCAGCUCUCACCGUCACCUCGUUACUCUCCGCAUUAGACGCCUCCGUCAUCUCCACGGCCCUGCCCACCAUCGUCCAGGACCUGAACUCGGGCGAUUCCUACGUGUGGAUCUCCAAUGCAUACAUGCUCACCAUGGCCGCAUUCCAACCCCUCUACGGCCAAACCGCCAACAUCUUCGGCCGUCGCAGCUUGACCAUUCUCUCCGUCGUUCUGUUUGCCGUCGGCUCCGCCGUCUCAGGAUCAGCCAAGAGUACCGGAGCCCUCAUCGCCGGCCGUACCAUCCAAGGCCUCGGCGGCGGCGGCAUCAACGUCCUGGUCGAUAUCAUCGUCAGUGAUCUGCUCCCGCUCCGCGAGCGGCCCAAAUACAUGGGCGUCAUCUUCUCCGUCUUCGCCGUCGCCCUCUCCCUCGGCCCCGUCAUCGGUGGCCUCAUGACCCAACGCGUCACCUGGCGCUGGAUCUUCUACCUCAACCUCCCCAUCUGCGGUGCCGCACUCCUCCUCCUCGUCCCCUUCCUCCACGUCAACUACAAGAAAGACUCCAUCCGCAACAUGCUCCGCCGCGUCGACCUCAUCGGUAACGCCCUCCUCAUCGCCUCUGUCGUCGCCAUCCUCCUAGCCCUAACCUGGGGCGGCACCGUCCACCCCUGGUCCUCCUGGCGCACCCUCGUGCCCCUGAUCCUCGGACUCCUCGGCCUCAUCUCCUUCCUGGCCCUAGAAGCCUCGACUCUCCUCCCCACCGACGAACCAACCAUGCCCCUCCGCCUCUUCGGCAACCGCACCUCCCUCGGUGCCUUCGGCCUCACCUUCAUCCACGCCAUGCUCACCUACUGGAUCACCUACUUCCUCCCCGUCUACUUCCAAGCCGUGAAAGAAGCCUCCCCGAUCCGUUCCGGCGUCGACCUCCUCCCCAGCGCCGUAACCGGCAUCCCAUUCGCCAUUAUCGCCGGCGGCGGUCUCUCCACCAUCAACCGCUACCGACCCUUCCACUUCGUCGGCUUCGCCUUCCUCGUCAUCACCUGCGGCCUCUUCACCCUCCUCGACGCCUCCUCUUCCGAGGGUGACUGGGUCGGGUUUCAGAUCCUCGGCGCCGCAGGCGUCGGCACUCUCCUCACAACCACCCUACCGGCCCUCCAAGCGCCCCUGUCCGAGGCUGACGUUGCCGUCGCCACAGCCACAUGGGCCUUUCUCCGCAGUCUGGGCGGCAUCUGGGGCGUGGCUAUUCCGUCUGCAGUGUUUAAUAGCCAAGUCAAUUGGUUACUUCCGUCGAGGUUGAGCGGAGAUCCAGACUUACAAGCUCGUCUGGCGAACGGGGGUGCAUACGAGCUGGCCACCAAGUCCUUCAUAACCUCCCUGAAUGAUCAGCCGAGGGUCAAGGCCGCUGUGGUGGGCGUGUAUGUGGAUAGCCUGCGCAUUGUGUGGUAUGUUGGUCUCGCGUUUGCUCUUCUGGGGUUUUUGGUGGCGUUUGUGUUGAAGGAGGUGCCGAUGCGGGAACAUCUGGAGACGGAGUUUGGGUUGCAGGAGGAGAAGAGGAGGGAGGUGGAAGAGGGGAGUGAUUGAUUUUGGGUUUGUCUUUACAGACAGAGAGAGUAUGUGUGUGCGUGUGUGUUUACUAGAU